GAGGAACACAAUAUUCUAUCCCGCCCCAAACACACCUAUAUAUAUACACACAAUGAAGUUCGUAAUUGCUGCUAGCCUCCUCGCCUCGGCGUCCGCCUUUUCUCUCGGACCCGCCGCCAACACCCAGGGAUUCAGUUCGACCGUGAGUGCACCGAAUGUCGUUGUACCGAUGCGAUCGUCUCUUCGUGCCCAUGAGUGACUCUUGUUCGCAGUGUUCGAUGUCGUUCCUUUGUGCGCGCUAACCGAUGUUUGUUCCUUCAGGCUCUUUUUGCGGAAGAGGGCGGAGAAAUCAAGCCCCUCCGAAUCGGUACCCGGGGAUCUCCCCUGGCCAUGGCACAGGCCUUCGAAACCCGAAGACGCCUCCAGGAGAACUUUCCCGAAAUGAACGAGGACGGUGCCAUCGAAAUUUGCGUCAUGAAGACCCAGGGAGACAUGAUCCUGGACAAGUCUCUCAUGGAAUUGGGAGGAAAGGGACUCUUCACUAAGGAGCUCGAUGUUGCCCUUCUCGGAGACGAGGUCGACAUCUGCGUGCACUCCAUGAAGGACGUUCCUACCUGGCUGCCCGAGGGAACCGUCCUCCCCUGCAAUUUCCCCCGCGAGGACACCAACGAUGCCUUUAUCACGAAAGACAAUGUAUACAAAUCCAUCGCCGACCUCCCCGAUGGAUCCGUCAUCGGAACCGCCUCCCUCCGCCGACAGGCCCAGAUCCUCUCGCAGAACCCCACCCUGAAGUGCGUCAACUUCCGGGGCAACGUCCAGACCCGCCUCCGAAAACUGAACGACGGUGUCGUCGACGCCACGCUGCUGGCCAUUGCCGGCCUGAAGCGAAUGGACAUGGACAAGUACGCCACGGCGGUCCUCGACUGGGACGAGAUGCUCCCCGCCGUCGCCCAGGGAGCCAUCGGCGUCCAGUGCCGGGAGGGAGACGAGCGCGCCCUGCAAUACAUCAACAAGCUGAACGACAUGGACACCCACGUGUGCGUCAACUGCGAGCGCGCCUUUUUGGAGGCCCUCGACGGAAACUGCAAGACGCCCAUUGCCGGACAGGCCCGGAUCAUCGACGGGGAGAUCAAGUUCCGGGGGCUGAUCGCCAUGCCCGACGGAUCCCAGAAAUUCAGCGUCGAGUCCUCGGGAGCCAUCGAGGACGCCGUCAAGAUCGGAAAGGAGGCCGGAGAAAAGCUCAAGGCCGACGCGGGUGACAAGUUCUUCGAAAUGAUGGUGGAAAUGUCCCCCCAGCAAGUAUUGGGACAAAUCACGAAAUAAACAAGAAGAAAGGAAUCGAACGGGAUGACUCGAGGAACAUUUUUUUUGAAACACCAACAACCAUCACUGUAAAAUCAUAGAGAACAUUGUUAUCCAAUACAGUACAGUACUUUUGCUUUUUGGUUCGCAUCCUCGCAAUUCGUCGUACGACGUGUGUAUGUACCGAUUGUUGGGUUCGGUUUCGGUGUCUCGCCUUUUCUUGGAACGAAAGGCCAAAGACCGUCGUCUCUCUGGGAACCUGGAGAGAGCCCGGAAUCGCCGCACACGGGACGAAACGACACGAAACGACACACCGGUCGUCUCGAUCGGGCAUCCCGCAAACCACUCCGCGAGCGGUGCGCUACGGCGGGGGACGGUCCCGUCCACCGAGCGAAUGCGGCUUCCGCCCUCUCGUGUUGCGCUGCCCGAGGCGAUUGUGCCCCCCGCACCGCUUGUCCGGCAACGGGAAGGGACGGAUUGGCUUUUUGAGGCCAACGCGAUCCCGAUCUACGGCAGGCGUUUGUAGAGGCAUGCAAGGCAUCGCAAUAGAAAUAUAAAUAUAAUAUAGUAUUUACAAGUAGUUUAGGUUGGCAAGUGCCGAAUCCGGCAAUGCACGACAACUUUCUGUUCCACCCCCAGCUAUCUUCCACAAGGGUUCCAACUCGAGCGGUGGCUGCGAGAGCAGUGCCUUGCCGUGUCGCACGGCAUGCACCACGGCAAUAAGAAACAAAAGGCCUGGUGUGUCUGAUGUAGCUGGUGUGCCGUAUGUGUAUGUGUAUUUGUAUGUGUAUUUGUAUUUGCACAACACUGCAUGAUCGUUUCCUGGUGGUGAGAACGAACAAGUUUGUCGCKGCACGACGGUCCCUGUUCGGUGCAAAGUGGUUCGUUCCAGCAUCGUUGGCAAACGCUCUGUUGCGGGAUUUGUGCGUUGCAAGGUUUGCUGCUGUGGACGCUGCGACAAGCCACAAUGUUUGUUGGUUCCCGGACGUUGCCCCCCGCCCCCUCUCUUGCUCCCGUCCGGGAUCUUGUCUCGUCUUUUUUCAAUCUUGUUCUGGUUUUGGUUCGUUUUGUUUUGUUUCGUUUCGUUUCGUUUCCGGUGGUCCGUCCCGCUAGGUCUCCCCCAUCAGGAGCCCCUCGUGCAUGUCGCCGUCGGAGAAGAUGACGUCGUUGAGGGCCGCGUUCCGGGCGCCGUUCCGGCCGGCCCGGCGGCGGAUCCCGUGCCAGAAGGUGUACCAGGACCCCCUCAGGUAGUAGUAGAUCCGGUAGCGGUUGGACAUGGCCGCCCCAAAGGCAAAGAAGAAGAGGCCCGCCAGGACCAACCAGCAGGCCGUCUUGGCCAGGAGGACCAGGAGCUUCUUCCAGCCGUGGCGGCGGUGGUGAGCGGGACGGGAAUCGCUGGGAGCGGCGGUCGGAAGGCCCGUCGUCGGGGCAGCAGUGGUCGGCGCAACGGUGGUCGGGAAAGGGGUCGACGGGGCCACCGUGGGAGAGGGAGACACCGACGUCGAGUUCGAGGAGGUGGCCGCGCUGGGCGCCGGGGAGGGAGACGGCGAGGGUUCCUCCGUGGGAUCUUCUCCGGGGGUCGCCCUCCCCCGCAGAAGAGCGGGUUCUCUCUCGCGCAACCACCCCGAGUCGCCCGAGACCGUACCAGCGGAGGCCUCGGCACGAACCAGGAGAAGCAGGAGGAAUAAGAAGAGGCGCUGUGGUGGAACCUGCCGCAUGGUUUGUUGUUCUGUUCUGUUCUGUUCUGUUCUGUUUUGGGUGCGAGUUUGCUUGCUUGUUUUUGGUCCCGAUGGAUUCGAGGAUGUGUUUACAGGUGGUGCUUUGGUACGGUUGGCCACGGGGAAGAUUGGCUGCUGCUGCUGAUGUUGCUGUUGGUGAUGCUGGUGAUGGUGACGACUCGGUUGGUCUUGUUGUUGAGGAUAGCACCGAAGCGCAAUGGUCUUUCUGCUGCUUCUUGCUUCGGAAACUCGGUGUGUGACACUACCGUACCUACGAGAGACCGGAGGGUGACUGCAUACUACUGCAUCCUCUCAAGUCGUGUCAACCGAAACCGCAAGACGGUUUGAGAGAACUCAGCAAGAAAUUUGUACGGUACCCUUUGUACUAGUACGCUACCCGUACAUACGUACGAAGAAAGCCAUCGAACAAAA